ACUGCAUUUAUAGUUGGAGCAGGCUGCAUAUAUUGGGAUGCAAAAUUGACACUAUAGCAAAUGUCUGACCAGGUGAACGUGAGAUAUUGCAACCUUCAAACAAGACUUUGAUUGCUUUUAAUGCCAUAAAAUAUGAGGUCACCUGACCAUUUUCGGGGAGAUUGGCUUUUAAUCUGUCAUGUUAUCUCUAAAUUCUUUUGUACUUCUCGUUUUAUGCGCAGACUAACACUUCUCAUGGGCCCGCCUGGCUGUGGAAAGACCACCUUGCUGCUUGCAGGAAAGUUAGAUAAAUCGCUACAGGUCUCUCCUUGCUUUUUGAUUCCCUAUUUGUGUAGUAUCUACUAAUUCUAAACCCACUAAUGGACUGAAAAAUGUUCUAGCUUGUAGUUGAUUGGUGAGAUUUCAUACAACGAGUAUAAGUUAAAUGAAUUUGUUCCACAAAAGACAUCUGCUUACAUAAGUCAAUACGACCUUCACAUCCCAGAAAUGACAGUGAGAGAAACCCUUGAUUUUUCUGCCAGGUGCCAGGGUGUGGGAAAAAAAACUGAGAUGAUGAUGGAACUGAAUAAGAAAGAAAAAGAAGCUGGAAUCAUGCCAGAUCAUGAUAUAGACAUUUAUAUGAAGGCUACAUCAAUUGCGGGAUUGAAGAGAAGUCUUCAAACGGAUUACAUUUUGAAGAUUCUUGGAUUAGACAUAUGCUCUGACACUAUUGUGGGCAAUGCCAUGAGAAUCGGCAUCUCUGGUGGACAGAAAAAAAGGUUAACCACAGGGGAGAUGAUUGUGGGGCCCACAAAGACUCUUUUCAUGGAUGAGAUAUCAACUGGAUUGGAUAGUUCAACUACAUAUCAGAAAGUCACAUGUCUUCAACAAUUUGUACACAUCACAGAUGCCACGGUGUUGAUAUCUCUGCUCCAACCAGCACCAGAGACAUUUGACCUCUUUGAUGAUCUCAUAUUGAUGGCAGGGGGCAAGAUUGUUUACCAUGGUCCUCUGUCCAUGCUCUUCAGUUCUUUGAGGAUUGUGGUUUCAAGUGCCCAGAAAGGAAGGGUGCUGCUGAUUUCCUUCAAGAGGUAAUAUCUAGAAAGGAUCAAGCACAGUAUUGGUACCGAUCAGAACCGUAUGCAUAUGUAUCUAUAGAUCAGUUCGUGAAGAAAUUUAAAGCAUCAGAUGUUGGUCAAAAACUAUUAAUGG